CAGCGCACUUCCUGCCCGCGUGUGUCAACAAGGCUCCGGGGCCGCUCAGCAAGAUGGCUGCGUUCCUGCGAGCUCGUAAAUAUGUCCGCUGUGUGGUCCGUUUCUCCGACCGUGAACUGUAAACGGGACCGGUGAGCAACUGCGAAGAUUAAAAGGAGACCUACAGGCCAAAGUGUCAUGGCUGACGAAAAUGCUGAUAUUGGAGGUACAUUAGAGGAUGAAGAUGAGAGUUCAGAUGACCCAAACCUUCAGCUGGAGCUCAAUGCGUUCAGAGCUCAGUGGAUGUCUGAACUCAAACCGAGCUCUGGGGCGGGUGACCGACUGCAGAGGGCAAGAGGCGUCAAGAGGACUCAAGACGUUGCUCGGGAGGAAAAAGCUACAGAGUUGUUUCUGAGAGCUGUUCAGGAGGAGCAGAAUGGAGCUGUCUAUGAAGCUAUCAAGUUCUAUCGCAUGGCUAUGCAGCUUGUUCCUGAUAUUGAGUUUAAAAUCAACUACAGCCGUCCUCCUGAUGCAGACAGAGGUGGAGGAAAUUACAUGGAGGACAGUGACGCAGAUGGUGAGAUUGAGGAUUUGCUUGCCUACUUUGAGCAGCAGCUCACUCUGGAGAGCUCCUUUCCAAAGAUCUGCACGCUUGAGCUUGAAGUAACUCAGACGCACAUUUCAGCCUUGCCACGGGAAAUCCUAAUGUACAUAUUUCGCUGGGUUGUGUCAAGCGAACUGGACAUGCGGGCCUUGGAGCAGCUCUCCUUAGUCUCCCGUGGGUUUUAUAUAUGCGCCAGAGACCCUGAGAUUUGGCGUUCUGCUUGUUUAAGAGUGUGGGGACGUAACUGCACCAAACUAGGACCCUUCAAGUCCUGGAGGGAAAUGUUCCUGCAGAGGCCACGAGUCCGCUUUGAUGGUGUUUACAUCAGCAAGACAUCAUACAUUCGUCAAGGAGAGGAAUCCCUGGACGGGUUCUACAGAGCUUGGCAUCAUGUUGAGUUCUACAGGUACCUCCGGUUCUUCCCCGAUGGCUGCGUCCUGAUGCUCACCACACCUGAGGACCCUUUGUCAGUUGUUCCCCGUUUGCGCACGAGAAACACCAGAAUGGAUUCUGUUCUGCUCGGUCAUUUCCGUCUGUCACAAGAGACGGACAACCAAACCAAAGUCUUUGCUGUUGUCUGCAAGAAGAAGGAGGAAAAAGCGACCGAGUUUCAAAGGAAUCGGUUCUGCAGGCGGAACCAAGCUCCCGAGGCUGAACACGCCUUCCAUGUGGGGCUCCAUCUGACCUCCAGAGGGCGUCAGAGUUUCAGUAAGCUUGUGUGGAUCCACCACUCCUGUCACAUCACUUACAAGUUGACUGGGGAAACGGUCAUCACAACGUUUGACCUCGACAGGAUGUACACCCCCUUCUUCUUUGCACGUGUGAAGAGCUACACUGCUUUCUCUGAGCAGCCCCUGUAAUAAGCAAAUCCAGCCGUGCAUGAUCCCAUGAGGAUCACAGAAGAAGCUGAUUCACCGUUCAAGUAAAGACGAAUCCUCUUCAGUUUGUUUAGUUUGUGCUGUAGCAGGGUUAUGGUAGCACCUUCAAAGCCCUUACGUUUCCCCACACGCGCGCAUGUUUUGUUUCAGGUGUGGCUGUUAGGAUGCUGCUUAUUUUCUGAUAAUCAGAAAUUACAGUGAUUUGCUGAAAGCUACACUGAUUUAGCAAACUUUCCCACCUGUCUCAAGAAAUGAAUGUGAUUUUUGUUUUCUUUGUGCACUUUCUUCCUCAAAUAAAUGAGAUGGGAAAAAAAGAAGACUUGUUAUUGCCACAUGUAAAAAUGCAGGUUUUCUUCCAUUCAUUGUUUGUUCACGCACAGCUGUGGGGAUAAAAUGAUGACUCAUGAAAAAGUCAUGAAGGUCCUAUUACACAACCUCGGUGAACAGACAGUACGGAUCUGAUUUCUGACUUUUGCUGCAUUUUUCCUACAGUUGGAUGCAACAGUAUAAUCCAGGAAUUUUCUGAGAACCAAACAGAAGUAGAGCCAAAAGGAUUUGCAGAGAUUAAAAAAAAUGGAUAACAAUUUGCUGCUUGUUUCCUUUAGAAGCUUUUAUUGAACUGAUGUAAAAAUGUAAACAAAAUCCUUGAAUGUUCAAAAAAGGGAGAUAAAGUGUGGAUACAGCACAACAGUCAAUAUGACAUGUUUUACAAGAUUUAGAUGUGUUUAGAAAUAUGUAUUUUGUAGUUUUGUAGACGCAGUGACCCAAAGAUGCCCCUCUUCUGUACCAGUAAGGUUUGGGGGAUUUUUACCUCCCUUACCAUCCUGCUCACGGAUGGUAAGAUAACUUAGAUCUUUGCUUGUCACAGUAAAAGUUUAGUUGAGUAGCCAUUUCCUCAAAUGAGGUGAUCAACAUUACAUGUUCUUUUGUCUCGUAUUUUUUGAAGAAUGGGCCUCUGUGCCAUGUCAUAUUUUUACCCCUGGAAACAGGAUGUUUCAGUGCAAAAUUAUCUGGUCCAGGUUUGACUAGUUUAGUCAUUUUAGAUUUGACGUAGAACUGAUCAAAUGCACAUCAGAUUCCAAAUAAUAACCCAACCCUGAAAUUGCUCCUUAAGUUAUCAUUGAAUAGGAAUCUCAAACAGAUACCAAUAUUAGCUGUUGUGUUGCCCACUGACACAAUGGUGUCCUGGGUGGUGGAUGUUAAACCUACGUCUUGCUCUGUGCCUCUUUGACCUGGGGGCUGCUAGCCCUUGACUGGAAGACCUUGAUUGUUCCCUGAUUUAAAAAUAGCUUUCUGUGACUGCUUAUUGGCAACACAGAAAAAUUAUAGUUAGUGCUUUUUUUCUACAAAGAUCAUCUAUGCAGGGAUCUUAAAUAGUUGCGAUGGAAGUAAACAGAUGAAAAGGGUAGAUUUCUGCUCACCCACCAAAAAGUUUCUCAGAAGCACUUUUUGCCUCAGAAUUAUCAAACAAUUACAAUCUUGAAUUUAAAUGAAAGGACCAAACCAAGGCUGAGGGAAGAGCAGACAGCACAGCUGAUGCCACAGCUAAGAAAAAUGGCUCAAGGAGGGAGUGAACAGCCAGACCACCAGCUGUUGUAUAGCUUAUAAGGUAAGACAAUGUUUCUAGCACACCACUUUUUUUUACCUUUUUUAAGAUCUCUUCUCUUAGUACUUCUCCUCCUGCAUGUUCAUCUAGAAUAAUUAGCCCCAGCAGUGUCGUAGCAUAGAAUAACAUUUUCAAAGCUACAUUAUUGUAGGAUUAUUUAUGUGGAGAAAAGUGAGACUUGCACAACCACCACCUGGUUUGCAAGAAUAAAGUUGCUUAUUGGUGACAGUUGUUGGGAGGAACAUGUUCACACAUACCUGUGGACAUCAGACUAAGAGUGCUGGACAGAACCACAUUAGAAAUAACAAUGUUUAUCUUAAUGCUGCCAGAAUUUUAGUGUUCAAAUUGCAGUUUUUGUCACAAGUCAUUUGAAAAAUUGGUAAAUUACAGUAAGACUGGGCUUGGGACAUAGUGCUUUAAAAUUCCUUGGGUCCAAGUUUGUUAGGUCUCCAAGCUAUUUAUCUCAGACAACAGUUUUUCUGACUUCCUCCUCAUCACUGGAUACACCAUGAAAUGCAAUCCUUCAAAAAACUGAGAAGGAAAAGUUGUAAAAAGGAUAAUAUAUACCCUUCAAAUUUUCUAUGUUAGAGAAAUGCUUCACCACUAACAAAUGAUUAAUGAUUUAUUUGUUUUAAGGCUUUUUACACACCUUUACCAGGGGAGGGCACCUCAGCUUCCUCUGCUGCCUCAGACUAUGACUUCUGAAAAUCGGAGAGGCUCUAUUAGAAAUACUGGCUGGGAAGCAAGCCACAAAAGUUCACAAUGAGUUUCUCUGUUCUCCCAACACAUGGUGCAGUGUGUCACACUGCAGUGCAUCAAGCCCACUCACGCUGUGUAUUAGGCAAGAAAGUCAGAGCGGUUUCACUUAACUGGAAAGGCCUUCGUGAAAUGAGUCUUGCUGCUGUCUCCUUCUUCGAAAUACAUUUUGGAAAAUGUAUCUCAUUAAUUUUUUUGUUCACUACUUGUGGUCCUAGUCUAUCAAGCCAAAUCCAUCACAGCUAGUCUACAUCAAGGCCACAGAUGUUAUUAAAUUCACACCAAGAAUGCCAAAAAUGUGUGAGACCUUGGCCCAAUCAUGCCUAAUGUUUACUAAGUGGUGGGAGCCAUUGUUGGGAUUUAGAAACAAGAAAACCUAUUCUGAUAGAACACAUUUUGGACAGAUAAUCCAUUUACAGUGCUCGCAUAUUUAUACUGAACAUAACAUUCACAAGGAAAUCAACAAACUACAAAAACAGAAAUGUUUCUUUGAUCCGUUUACAAAAUGUUAAUUUUCCAAAGCUUCCAGGCAAAGUUUUUAUUUAAAGUUGACCUCUAUAAUAAAGAUAUUUUAUGUGCUAAAAAAUGUUGCCCACAAAUGUUGGCAAAUCCCUUGGAAAUUAUUGUUGUGACACAAUUGUGAGCCUGUUUGGGCAACGAUCUGAUGAAAAUGAAGUAGGUAACGGACAUAGACAUACCUUUCUUUACCAGGGAAAUACGUUAUUUAUUUCUGUGUCAUUAGGAUUUAUUUCCACUUCAAUAAAGUCACUCUUGAAAUCGUGAUUGGUCGGAAUUGUAGUUUGUUUUUUUAAUGUGUCACAGUAAGUAAAGCAUCAGUAGUAACACAUCACCUGAAAUUUACACCAGAUUUCAGAAAAACUAAAUAAAAAUAAACAAAGAAAUUCUCCACAUAUUAUGUCGUUACAUUCAUUUUUGCCUACUUUAUCAGUUGAGGUGAAAACCAGUGCUAACUCUGCUCAUAAAUACAUAGAAAUACACCUGAAGAUUAAAAACCAGCUACAGUUGUGGCAUUUUUUAUUAUCAGCGGUUACAUGCAGACCAGGUUCGCUGUGCUGAGAAAUGUGGCUUUUGUUUGAUGUUAAAUUUCACACUUCUGAUCUACUGAGCAGGACCGGAGGUCUACUUGUUUGGGCAACAUCUUACUGUGAGUCAUCUCCUGCAUGUAUGCUAGGAAGCGGCAGUCAGUUAACUGGGUCGAGUGUUUUAGCUGGAAACAUCCAGCCUGGCUCUGUCUGAACAUAUCAGUUCUAAGGUAAGUUUUGAACGUUUGUAACCUGAUUUAAUCACUCUGUCUGCAGCACAUAUGCUACGCUAAGCUUGUUGUCUGCAAUCUUAUGCACGACAGUUAUGAGAGUUUGACUGAUCCUCUUAUUUCGGUCAAAAUCAACUUGAGUAUAUCUAAUAAAACAAACAUUUCAGAUUUUAAAUUUUAUGUGAGAUACGUAUGAUACAUAUGAUGUAUUUGAUUAAAGAAAAAUUAAGAGUUGGGUACAAGAUUUUAAGCUUGACAUUAUUUAUCUAAGGCACCCUGUUUAUAGUGAUGCUUAAAACUUUGACUUUAUGACAUAUGAAUGACCUUAAACAUCUAAUUUUAUGUAAACUACAAUAUUAUUAUUAUUAUGAGAAUGGCAAAAUUAUGUUAACAUCUACAGCAAUGACUGGUGUUGGAUGGCUAAUGUUGGCUUUUAUCGGUUGCUUCUGUUUUUUACCAACAAAAUCAAGGUUACAUAUUAAAAAUUGUACCUUUUACAAUAUGCAUUUAUUGUAGUAUAAUACAGUCCAGAUUGGACAAAUCGAAGUAUUGCAGAUUUUGAAACAGAACAGGUCAUUUGUCCAGAUGUCAAAGAAAGCAGUGAAAUAACCCUUUAUACCGCUGCUAAAUUUGGUAACCAACUUCACCAUUUUAUUGGUUCAUGAUUUGGGGAAAAUAGAGAAAAAAAACAAUUUGGAAAGUUUUUGGCUCAAAUGUAAGAAAUGUGAGUCUAGACAAAUAUUGAAUAUCCAAAUUUAUAAUAAUGUGCCACAUGUGUUGUUUGAGAACAGCAGGUGCUCACAAUGUUAAGCU